AUGGACGAGGAGCAUGAGUUCGCAUUCAACGAAGAAUUGGAACGGACUCUCCUAGAAGCCGAAAAGCAUCGGAUUGCCGAGGAUGAUGAAAGCUCUGACGAAUUAUCGCUAUCGGCCCAGUAUCAGGACAGUGGACGAGAGAAUAGUUUAUCGUCAGCCCGAAGUAAAGAAGCAGAAACGCAGUCGAAAAUCUCCGAAGAAGAACUGCCGUCGACUUCUGGAGGAGAUGAUGCUCGACGAAGUGUCAUGUCGAGCGCUGAGAGGAAAGCAGAGAUGAUCAGGCAAGAGAAGGCAGCGCAGCACCAUGAUGAAGAGGAUGAUUUCAUCAAUGACGAUGAUAGUGACCCGAUGGAUGGCUUCGAAUCGGACAAUGAGACAACUGAAAGACGCCCAUUAGAAGAUGCUCAUCAAGAGGAAAGUAGUGAUGAGGAGAUUCUGCCAUCAGAUGCUGAAGAAAUGAGACCUGCAGAAGAAGAACGUUUGCCGGGCACUCAGAUCGAGAGGACGUGUUGCCAUCCGAUGAGGAAAGGCAGUGAAGACCAAGAAGAGGAAAAGUCUGAGAAGAAUCGGAACCUUCUCCUUCCGACCGUUAUCACUGUGCCAGCGACAGCAGACAGUGAGAGGCCAGCGACAGCGAAUAGCGAUGACGAGGAGAUUUUGCCUUCUGACGACGAGGAGCCAAGUAAUCACGUUGAGACCCAUAGCGAUGACGAGGAGGUUUUGCCUUCUGAUGACGAAGAGCCAAAUAGUCACAUUGAGACCGAAGCCCGAGUCCAAACUGCCAACCACGAGGAGACGCCUCCACCUGCUGAGCCCGAAGUCGACGAUUACCACGAUAGGGAGGAAAUUCUUCCAUCAGACGACGAGGAAUUAGAAGAACGCGCAAGAGCAGCGACGAAAAUUCAAGCAGCCUAUCGUGGGCAUCGCACGAGGAAAGCUCUAAAAAAAGAACCGUCAGUUGUGAUCGAGCCCACGAACGAAGCCAGCGAAGAGCCGACUCCUGCCGAAGAAAACAACGCAGAAGAAGAAGCUCCACUAGUGAAGUCAGAUACACCGAGGCUUGAUACACCGAUUCCGAAACGACCAGAAAAUGUUGGCGACAAGACGAACAGCCGCGAUUCUAUCUCCAGCAGGAAGUGA